CAGGCGGGUGCAGGCAUGGAGGGUGACGGCCAGCACCCGGCCCCCACUGCCCCCCCAGACCGACCCCAUGGCGAGCGCCUGCAGCUCCUGCUGCGCCGCAGCCGGGAGGCCAAAAACUGUGCCUAUUGCCCUUACAGCCGCUUCCCAGUGGGCGCCGCGCUGCUCACCGCCGGCGGGGAGAUCUUCUCUGGGUGCAACGUGGAGAAUGCCUGCUACAGCCUGGGGGUGUGCGCCGAGCGCACCGCCAUCCAGAAAGCCAUCUCCGAGGGACACACCAGCUUCAGGGCCAUGGCCAUCGCCAGUGACAUGGGGGACCAGUUCAUCACACCCUGCGGCGCCUGCAGACAAGUGAUGAGAGAGUUCGGCACGGACUGGGACAUCUACCUGACCAAAGCGGACGGCACCUAUAUCGUCAAGAGGCUGGAGGAGCUGCUGCCGCUCUCCUUCGGACCCGAGGAUCUGAAGAAGGUGUGA